AUGGCCAGACAGGACACCCCUCUCUUCCUCCACGGCUUUGACCUCAGCGGACACUUUGUUGACCCUCGACCUCUUGGCACAGGUGUCACCGGCCUGGUCCUGUCAGCUGUGGACCAGCGAACCGGACAGCGUGUAGCAAUUAAAAAGCUGGUGAUGCGAGACGCCGUGACGGUGAAACACGCCCUGCGGGAGGUGAAGAUCACCCGGCGACUGCUCCACGAGAACGUGGUGCGGGUCCACGAGGUUUUAGCGCCGUAUGGACGACCGCUGCCCCGAGACCCGACCCAGCUCAGCGCCCUGUACAUCGUCCAGGAGUGCAUGGAGACGGAUCUGGCUCGGCUGCUGGAACAAGGACCACUACCCACAGGUCACGCCACUCUGCUGUUUUACCAGCUGCUGAGGGGACUCAAGUUCAUCCACUCGGCCAACGUCCUGCACAGAGACCUGAAGCCUGCCAACAUAUUUAUCAACAUGGACCAACUGCUGCUCAAGAUCGGAGACUUCGGGCUGGCCAGAAUAGUCGACCCUCAUUACUCCCAUAAGGGCUAUCUGUCUGAGGGCUUGGUAACUAAGUGGUAUUGCUCCCCCCGUCUGCUCCUGUCCCCCAACAAUUACACCAAGGCCAUAGACAUGUGGGCUGCCGGCUGCAUACUGGCUGAGAUGCUCACUGGACGCAUGCUGUUUGCAGGAGCUCAUGAGCUGGAGCAGAUGCAGCUGAUUCUCAACACAGUGCCCGUGCUGAGAGAGGAGGACAGGCAGGAUCUGCUACAGGUGAUGCCUUCAUAUGUCAGUCAUGGAUGGAGAGUGAAGAAACCCUUUUCUGAACUGCUGCCUGAAGUGGAUGCUCAGGCUGUGGACUUCCUUGAGCGUAUCUUGACCUUCAACCCCAUGGAUCGCCUGACAGCUGAAGCCGCUCUGUCCCACCUCUUCCUGCAGCAGUACUCCUGUCCAGAGGACGAGCCCACCUCGUCGCAUCCCUUCCGCAUCGAGGACGAACUGGAGGACAGCCUCGUCACCGAGCAGAGCCUCAGCAACAGCAACAGUCAGGCCUCCAGCAUCCACUGGGACAGGUAUGAGAACAGCUUAUCUACAGACAUGUGCUGGCAACAGUCGGGUGGACGGUGUCGCUGCAUGCGUCCCGGCCACGGUACCUCCGACCUGGGAGACACUACAGAGGAUGAGGAGGUGCAGAGGGACCCCCGGGCCACUUCCACAGCUCUAUUAGAGGAGGCUCAGGUCGACCCACGCAAAUAUUCCCACAGCAGCUCGGCUGAACGCUUCCUGGAAAACUCCCACUCCUCUCUGGACCGGGCCUGUGGUUUGGCCUACGGGGAGCUUGACUGUGGCCGUUCCUGUGACUAUAAAGUGGGCUCUCCUUCUUAUCUGGAUAAGAUUGCCUGGCGGGAGGGAAAGCCACAGCACUACUCAGAGCCGAAGCUGAUCUUGGAUCUGUCUCACUGGAAGCGUAACACCAGCAGCCACCCUGCGCCUGCUGAGCCUAUUGGGGGCAGCAUGGAGGACCUGGGAGAGAUGAAGGAGGAGGAGGAAGCGGAAGUAGAAGAAGAGGAGGAGACGGGGGAUUUAUUCAAGGAAAUCUCUCGCUGGGUGGAGAGCACCCAGUCGCGGCUGCACUCGCCCAGUCCCAGUCCCUCCCUGGAGCAACGUUCGCCCUCCUACUACACCUCCUCUCCCCCGCUUCCCCUCUCCCCUACUGACCUCCCCACUCCGGUCUUCCACUAUACGGAAGUUGUGCGGCAGCCAUCAACCGAAUAUGAUGAAGGCAGACUGAGCCCAUUUCCCCCCAUCACGUCCUCCCCUCACACCCUCCCCUCGCUUCUCCCUUCAUCUCCCACGUCUCUGUUUCCUCCUCAGUCACCUCAAACAGCGUCACCCCCCGCCACGCCACAUUUGCCUCCCCUAGAAUCUCAACCCCUUUCCUCUACUUCCUCUAUUUCUCAGUCGGUAAAUGCUGACUCCUUGGAGUCUCUUCCUGUCAAGCAAAAAGAGCGUCUGUUUGACCUAGAUGUGUUCAUAUCCCGAGCGCUGAAACUGUGCAGGCAGAAUAAAGAGAAGGCAAACGGGAGGAAAGGAAAAGAGGCUGGGUGGAUGGAAGAAAGCAAACAGCCAAACAUCAACCGAAAGGUACCCAGGCUUCCAGAGCACAGGACUCCUCCACCGCAAACUCCCAACUCUUGA